GUGCGCUGUGUCCCUGGGACACAGCGGAUCACCGAUCAACGAUAGAGCCAAAGAUGUCGGCUCUGUCAUGUGAUCAGCUGUGUCCAAUCACAGCUGAUCGCAUGGGACAUGUACACUGAUGCCCUGAUGAUCAGUGUAGCCCCAUCACUGCCACCUGUCAGUGUCCAUCAAUGCCAGCUGUCAGUGCUCAUAUAUGCCACCUGCCAGUGCCCAUCAGUGCCACAUAUCAGUGCCUACCAGUGCACAUCAAUGCCACGUAUCAGUGCCCAUCUGAGCUGCUUUUCAGUGCCACCUAUCAGUGCCAGUCAGUGCCACCUAUCAGUGCCCGUCAGUGCUGCUUAUUAAUGCCACCUAACAGUGCCAGUCAGUGCCACCUAUCAGUG